AAAUCGACCAAGUCCAGUGUGUGUGUGUUUAUUUUACUUGGAAUUAGUUUAGUUGCAGUUUUAUCAACAUUUUUGAUACCAAUCAUUAUGUCUUCAGUAUGUUGUGGAACAAAAAAACAGAAGCUGAACAAUUCUUUCGGCAAUCAUGUCGAUCGACCUAUAAACGGCUAUCCAGAAUCUGUAGCUAUUCCUGAUAUGUGUUACUUUUGCUUUGAUGUGUUGUAUUGUCAGCUGCAUAGCAUGGAUCCUCCACAAACGCCAAACUUUACGAAUGAUGCAUAUCCCCUCUUUGUGACCUGGAAGAUAGGAAAGGAACACCGUCUCAGGGGUUGCAUUGGAACUUUCAAUGCUAUGCAUUUACACUCAGGAUUGAGAGAGUACGCAAUAACUAGUGCUUUAAAAGACUCCCGCUUUUCGCCGAUUACUCGCGACGAGGUGCCUCGUUUGACUGUCUCUGUGUCCAUUCUCCAACAUUUUGAAGAGGCUGAACAUUAUCUUGACUGGAAGCUUGGCAAACAUGGUAUCCGCAUAGAAUUUGUCAGUGAACGAGGCUCCAAACGCACUGCAACCUACUUACCUCAAGUGGCUACUGAACAAGGUUGGGACCAAAUUCAAACAAUUGAUUCCCUCUUGCGAAAGGGUGGAUACAAAGCUGCUAUUACUCCAGAUAUGAGACGCAGUAUCAAACUCACUCGUUACCAAUCUGAAGAAGUGUCUGCAUCUUAUAAUGAUUAUGUGAACCAACGGUGCUAGCAAACAAUACCCGUGCCCUGUGGCCAAACAGGACUUGCAGACAAUACAUUCACAAACAAAUUGUAUUGGACGAGUGCAGGUGGAUAUGUUAGUAAUGUAGUUUCUAGAUAUUAUACUAUACCAUACGCAAGAGGAGUUAAAGGUCAGAAUUAUGCUCAAAGUGAAUCCAGCCCCACUAGAUCUUGUUACAUCGACAUGGUAUGAAGUUAAAUAUCACUGCCAAUUACAUUCCUCAGAAUGGGAAAUGGUGCCAUCAACGAUAGUUGAGCUGACAUUUUGUUGCGAAUGUGAAAUAUUUACAAAAUGAAUAACCUAAAAGCGAAACCACAUUGUUUCGUUGCGUCGCCAGGUCGCAAUAAUCGCAUCACAGAUAUUAUGUCAUUGGAUGACAUAUGUGUGAUGCGACAAUGUGAUAAAUAAAUCAUGCUUGUGAUUAAUUAUUUAUUUCACCGAUUCUCACCAAUGGAUACCCAUCUACAAUAAUAUCGGCCAAUCAGAACACAUCUGUUGAAAAAACGCGUCCGCGAAGCAAAUCACUAAUAGAGAUAAAAAAAUGUAUGAGAUAGCUGAUAGACCAUUGACGCUGCGACAACACAACACAUGUGGCUUCGCUCUUGGGGCUAACAUAUUUUACUGAUACCAAUUACCAUAAUGAUCAAGAUUAUGAAAUAUUUUGUUUCUGAAUGAUCAUUGUGUGCCUAAUAUCAUUUAAAUUUUGUAACAAAAUUAAGCAAUAUGUAAAACAAUUUUGCAGCAUACAUGUGAUCAACUAGUGUUUAACUUUAGUUGUGUGGUAAAAUUAGAUGUUCUAGCUGAGAAUGUUCAUAGUAUAGAUCUAGCUAACUUCGCAUUUCUAAGAAAAAGUAAGCUUGUUAAGAUAUACAUAUAACAGUAAUAAUGGAGUAAUAAUAUUGCCUUGAUCAAGUUUUAAGCCAUUAUAAAAAUAUUAGUAUGGGAGCCUUAGAAUUUUUUUUUA